AGAGAGAAAGAGAGAGAGACGGAGAGACAGAUAGAGUUUUCUAAGAAAAAAAGAGUCUUGUGUUCUUCUCCGCUUUCCAAAAAAAAAAAAAUAAUUUCUAAAUUCUCGUUUGCUGGCUUGGCUCUUUUCUUGGUGCUGGUCCUUAGGUUUCAGCAGCUACACCAGCAGCUCAGUUUUGUCCUUGCAUAUUUCAUUCAAGCCGCCAUCAUUCUGCACCCUGUGUUGCCCUCAACCGCUGCGUACGAGCAGCUAGCGUCGUCGCCGCUUUUGCGGCCUUCGCUUAAACCGCGAGCGGCGUCUGCGACGCCGUCGCGGUCUAGCUCAUCACUGAAAAAUGUGCGAUUUGCUCACCAACUCACAACCGUCAAACGUUUUGACACCAGAUCGGAACCCAUCUCGAUCUCAACCGAAAAUUCACCGGAACCCGUUGCCGUACCGAUUGACGAAAUCUGCAGCGACAGCAUCAAAGUCACUUCAGACGAGUUUUGGUUUGGAACGGCACUGUCACGUGCCAAACUCCCGUUGGCUUUGCCCCACAGGUCUUCGUCCUCCAGUUUUAGUUUGUUCGACCCAACGCUCUACAGUGAAAGCGACGAGGACAGUGACAGCAGCGACUUGGACCCAAUGCUACAUCUGUCGAGCCAAACGGCCGCUGCAGUAACCCCCGUAGCGACAGCGACGAACAACAAAACCAACGCAAAUGGCAUUUCUGCAGCUUCGUCCACCCAAAGAUUUGUGGUGGACAAGUGGCGGCUGCUGUCCUCGGACAUUCAGCCCGUGAUCACGCGGCGGGCCCUCGAUUUGCAAUCCCACAUUCUUGCGCACCUUAAGGGUCACAAUAUCAAGCUUAACAAAGUUGCGUCGUGUUUGGACUCUCACAAGAUCCAGGGCCUUAUCUACGUGGCAAACCUCAAUUUCGAAAAAACGCUCGAAAUCAAAUUCACUUUUAACGCGUGGCAAGACGUGCAUUAUGUAUCCGCGUACUACCACCGUACCGUGACUCGUGGCAUUGACGAAUUUAAAUUCACCAUAGACUUGGCAGGUCUCUCUUUCUUCAUGCAAUCCAAAAAUAUUCUUCAUUGCAACUCUCACAUCCCAGAAACUUCUUGUCAAAUCAACAUGGAGUUGUGCUGUCGGUAUGACGUGAACGGAGAAACCUAUUAUGACAACAAUAACUACAACAAUUACCACGUUGAGCUCCAGGCUUUUACGCAUCCGGUAAUUCAAAGAAGUGCCGUUUCCGCGCCCAAUUUAACCGCCUUGGCGUCAUCUGUUGAGUCGCCCCGCCAUUCUACAGAUGCAUUUGUCAACAACACUUCUAGAUCCUUUAAUUCUGAUUUCCUGGCAUCUACGACUUUGUCGCCUAGUGCCUCGAAAAUCGCACCAAAACAGGCGACUACGUCUGGUAGGAAAUUUUCGGACAAUACCGACUAUUACAAUACCUCACCGCUCAAACAUUUAUUUCACAACGAUACAACACUGGCCAAACCGUCACGCAUUAACGAAGUCACCUUUGAUUAUGACACUACUCCUACUUCUCCAAUGCAUGUUUUUUUCGACCGUGAGGGCUCAAAUUACACACACACACCACCCCCUUCCCAAAAUGGUGAACAUGUGGCGGCACCCGCAAUAUCAUCCCUUAUAGAUCAAUCCAGCAUCCCUGAUGCUUCACUUUCAAAGGAAAACAUCGAUCCUUCUGUGCAAAGAGACACCUCGGAGUUUUCUUCCUUCAGUACUCACCGUGAUCCUUUAGCAGACACUCCUUUUUCGCCCUCUGACUCUGCUGUUGAUACCGCUUUCACGACCGAUAACUCUUCUUCGUCCAUUUCGGGUCGAAAGCCACGCUCUCUCACAGGUUUGUCCUCUUGUAAGCUCAAGCGGGAUCUCUUCCUUUCAUCUGCCAUUUCCGUCGAACCUAGACCGCCUCAAGAACCGUCUGCUACAGCCAUCGACUACAAUAUGUUAAUACAGUCCUAUUGUUUUUAUGACUCCAAGGAAAACGCUUCGGGUCCAAAAACCAUUACACCUUCAUUUUGGUCAAAUCAAAUCUCCUCGAACACACCUCCAAUUCUAUCUCCGAGUGAGAGACACGAUUGGAUGCUAUAA